GAAGAUGAAGAUUUUCGUGAAGACUCUCAAGGGUAUCACUUCAACGUCGAAGUAAAACCCGAGGAUACGUUUUUUAUCAAAAAUCGGUUAGCCAUCUUUGAUGUUCUGGUGUUACUGUGGCAUAAACUUUUAGAGAAGAUGAAGAUUUUCGUGAAGACUCUCAAGGGUAUCACCUUCGACGCCGAAGUAAAACUCGAGGAUACGGUUAUGCUUUUUGGAAAAGUUCUGAAAGAGUAUCCGGCCGCACAGCAAAUGCUUAUCUACCAAGGGAAAGUUCUUACACUGGAAGAAAAUAAAGUUGCUGAAAACAGUUUUGUUGCUGUUAUGCUGAGCAAGGGACCUACAGGUGAAGGCUCAACAACGGCAAACGUGCCUAAGAUAUAUGAGAAAUUGGCUUACCUUGUUGAAGUUAAAAGUUCUUUUGAUUUUGCCGUGAGAUGGAAAUACAUUUCCUUUUUAUGGAAACAGAUAUUUUCUGGCAUGCAUAGAAAGGUGGCUACG